UGAUGAAGGCACAGUCGUCACCUGCUGUGUUGUCAUGCCAACAACUACGGCCCAGGAUACAGGAUCGUGCAAGCCGUCCAGCUAUGGGUCAUAAAUGCCACAACCACAAAGAAAGGGCUAUCGACGAAGACUGCUGUCUUUUGAGUGAGGAAAACAGACUUUUGAAGAAGUGUCUGCACCUCUUGAGAGAGAACUCUGCUCUUGAAAUAUCUACCAUUUUGUCUGCGAUCAUUGCCUUCUGUAAUGGGAAAUUCCGUAAGAAGUUUGCAGCGGACUUUGCGGCUGUCAUUGAGAACCAUCAGGAGAAGUUUGAGAAGAAAGCAUCUGAGCCGACAGUUGACCAAUUGGUACAAAACGUCUGCGGUUGUCCGUGCGGACACACGGCAGAGCAACCCGAUGAGGAGAUGUACGCGGCUUCUAAAAGUGUCUCGCCAUCCUGCUGGGAGUUACCCGAGCGGGACUUACCUUUACCAGAGGGCGAGAAGUGGACCCAGACCUACUUCCCAAAGAAACCCCGCUGGCCGCGCCUCAGUAACCCUAUUGGGUAUGACACAGUGGGACAAUCGGCUCACAUUCGCUCUCACCUGAACACGAAAACCCCCAUGGUGACUGACAUGGAGUUUGACCCUUACUACCUGAAAUGUCUGGUGCUGGCGACCUACUACAAGGUUCUGGCCAACGUUAAUAGAUGGGAUGAAAUGGACUACUCUAUGUAUUAUCCCACUGUUCAAAAAACACUCUAUCGGACAGAUAAUGCAGCGGCUAUGUAUGUUCCCACCACGGGCGAUAUUAGGAGCAAGACUUAGCAGGGGAUGGAGGCCCAGGUCGGCAGGUCGCAAGCAAUCUACAAGGUCAGUGUCCAGGCGCUGUCGCCGCAAGAAGAUGAACCUUGUUGAAGAUGAUCUGCAUGUAUCAGCUUGCCUACGAAGACCUUCACCAUGCCAGAGGUAGUUCCCUGAAGGGGUUAAAGGGCGACCAUCAUGUAGGUUUCAACUACCAGAAACAUGUAUGUACAUGUUGUGGAAAUGUCACUCAGACCUAUAGUCCUUGCCGCAGGAAUUCCCGUGAAGGAGAUUCAUCGGCCGUCUGCAGUGAUAGAGGAAUGUCGACAUUUGGUGUAAGAAAAGAUAUCAAACCCAUCUUAGAGCGAGUUAUAAAGAACGUGGAGUUCAUCAAUGGCGAGACUCCGGUGCCAGAGAACGUGAAGUCACUGUCGAUAUCACAUGAGCGCACGUCACGCGUGUCACGCGAUGAGGCGUCAAGGACCCCGAGCCCAGUGAGACAAAUGAGACAAAUGGGACAACUGGGACCAAUGGGACCAAUAGGACAAAUGAGACAAAUGAGACAAAUGACGAAGAAAACACGGAACAGACCAGAAGGUCAUCGUCUGAAAAGCCGCCACUCUCCCAGGAAACCAGCGAGGCGACUGCAGAAACAGAACAGACAUCUACCUCCAAUAACAACCCUCAAGAUUUCUCCACCAGUAGUUGCUGCAGGACGGACUCAAGGGAAACGAUGCAUGGGUACGCCACUAUUGACCCUUUGUACGCUCAGGGUAAACGGAGCUUCCGCUCCCCCGAAUUGGUAGUCGCUCGGUCGUACCGAAGUUGGAACCCUCCGAAGCCAUCCCCGGUAUUGCACAGAAAUAGCCGCUCUGACCAUUGGCUUUUACGUGCGUAUGGCAACAGUCAGAGGGCAGUGUCUGCAUCGCCACCAACCCGCGGGGACCCCGAUGCCAGACCCCCGUACGGCCAUGGCAAACGAUCGGAAGAGUCGACGCCAAGAGGCAGGAUGGGAACACGCAAAGCGGUAAGGGACACGCCCAGAGAAGGAAAGAACAUGCCCAGAUGGGGGAAGGAUUUGUCAAAUGUGGAGGAGGAACCGCUCAGAGAGGGAAGAGAAGAAAGGCCACGUGACUUGCGGCAUUUUUACCAAUCAUCAUCGGUCGACGAUAGAUUUGAACCUCAAGCUUUUAGCAGCCCGUUUGUGGACACUUUGGAUCCGCAAACUUCUUUUGUGGAAACUAACUACGGCAACGAAGUCGACAGGAACUCAUCGUUGACUAGCCCGACCCUUGACCGCGAAGUGCCAGAGAAAGAAGUAAGCUAUGAGUCCAGGACUUGCCUGAAGUCUCCGCACAUCUUCGCUGCAGCCACUCAGCCCGGAGGUGCCGGCAUGAUUAUCUGUCGCACUGAGUAUUUGCAGUCGGGACCCAAGGGUGAGACUGCGUUAGACCAAAAGUCAUCAGCUCCAGUUCCAGACAUGGAUUUUCCAGACAGAAACUAUGUUUCUGCGAAACUUCCGGUGUCUUCUCGCUCCCGUCAUGGGGAGGACGGUCAGGGACUGAAAUCUUUGCAGCCUGCUGUCUACGUCCCUCGUGCACAUGAUGGUAGUCCGUUAUCUCUCUACGAAGAGAAGGAGGAAGGUAGAGCUGACAGCGAUGACAAUUCCGUUUGUUCCAGUCGUGUCUCUUCAAGACAUCAAGACCAGACAUUUGGUGGACAGUCAACCUCUGCCAGUACCAAGAUAUUCCGCACGUCGUUUGAACUCGUGGGUCGUUCCUCGGACCUAAACUUGGCGAAACCUCGCUCGGUCACCCCUAUGGGCGUCGUGAAACAAGCGUGGACGGCUUCCUCGUCCAGCCACAUUACCGUUGCUUCCACUUCCGCCGUGCAGCUCAUCCCACCUGCGCUGAUGACGACAGGCAAGAAUAUCGUGGGCGAGAUAGCCUUCCAGCUGGAAAGGAGGAUACUGGACUACGUCUUCGCCAACCACCUGCCUGCGGUCGAGCUUGAAAGCAGCGGGAUGGCGCGCAAGCGUCGUUUCUAUGGUUACACCGUCAACAACAUCGGGGAAAUGAUCAACCGCGAAGCUCUUUCUGGAGAUUACUACAGCAAAGGAACAGAGCGCAUGCUCAGAGAACGCCUGAGGACUCUGCUCGACAUCUUGACCCCGCUGGGUUACGAUCUGACCGACCACGCCCGUUUUUCUCAGGACAUCAUCAACAAGUACGGGCUUCUUUCUCAUAUACCAGUUACCAAUCCUGGAGACCCGGAAACGGAAGUUGGAAUCAACGGUGUGGAGGUGGAGCAUCUCCAAAAUGCCAUCGUGUGCAUGGCGGAUACAGAAGCAGAGCGCAGCAACCUGCUGCUCAUCCUCGACUGCCUGAGGAUGCUGGCCAUCGAAGAUGGUCGACCGCUCUUUGUGUGGUGAAAUCCAGACAUUACUCGUGUAGCAAGCAAACUUCAUUCUCCUUUUCAGUUCUUUAAAAUUUAUCUUUUAAAAAAAUGAGAUACCAGGGUUUCUUUACCACACGUGAACUUUUGAGAAAACUUUUAUGUCCGAAUCAUUCGAACUACUAUAAACCGAAUGUUUUAGUCGGACAUUUUUUUAAAACUACAGAUUAAUGAGCAGUAGCAGCUGAGCCUUCACUAAUAUCUACAUCUGAGCUCAGACAACAACUUUAGAGUCUGAAAGUUAAAAAAAAAAAAAAGAGAAAACUUUAAAACAACUUUUGUUCAAAGAACAUACAUUCCUGCAGGUGCCACCCGAUUAACCCUGUAUUCCCAUGGGGAAGAUAUUCAUAAUUACUACUGAAUAAAGAAGUUUCCUGACAUCCCCGAA